CCGGGCGCUGCGCCGCUGCGUACGUAGCUACGCUGUAGUGCUACGCGCUGGAGCUGGGUGUGAAGAUGGCGGACGAGGAGGCCGAACAGGACCGUAGUCCUGAGAACGGUAUGAGUGAAACGAUACGGGAACUGAGACGACGGUUGCAAGAACUGCAAGAAAUCGUGGUUCGAGAAAGCGGAGACUCUGCAGCCCAGUCAUCCUCUGAGUACUGCCAAGAGUUCUGCAGGACGCUGCUGGAGUACGCAGGCCGUUGGAGGAUAGAGGAAGAGCCUUUGCCACUGGUGGAAGUGUACAUAGUCGCCCUGCUGAGUUAUGCCCAGGCCUCUCCCUACCUCUCCCUGCAGUGUGAAAAUGUUCCCCUUGUGGUCGAGAGGCUCUCGCUGAGUUUUGUGGAGCUUUUGCUCUCACUGAAAGAGGACGUUCCAGAUGGCUUAUGGGAAGAGUUCAAGUCUUCUGUCCAGUUUGCCCACAGUAAGCUGCAGGAGAACGGGAUCACUCAGCUGUCUCUGCUGUCUGCUUUGGGCCAGUAUGACGGUGUUUGGACCAACAGGGUAUUACAAGGCCUUCUGUCCAAUGAGAACCUACAGACGGAACAAGUUGAAAGGUUCCUGGUGCAGGAGGGACCGAUCCUAUUGGAGAUGAGAGUGAAGCAGCUGAUGAAGGAGAACAAACUGGGGAUGGCUGCACCACUGGCAAAGACAUGCUCCGAGUCUCCUGCCUUCCAAGAGAAGUCACCUUUCAAACAGAUGUACCUCGUCUGCCUCUGUGCUACCUCAGAACGGGAUCAGCUGAUGGAAGAGCUUUCGAAGGAGGACUGCCGCGAUGCUUUAGAGAUGAUCUGCAAUCUGGAGUCAGACGGAGAUGAGAAGGCAGCUUUCAGCUUAUGCUCAGCCUUCCUGACCCGACAGCUUCUCCAAGGAGACACAUACUGUGCUUGGGAGCUCACUCUGUUUUGGAGCAAGCUGCUGAAGCGAUUAGAGCCCUCAGAGCAGGCCUUCCUCGACAGAUGCCGCCAGAUGUCCUUACUUUCUAAAACAGUGUACCACAUCCUGUUCCUCAUCAAAGUCAUCCAGUCAGAGAUUGACAGCGUUGGACUGCCAGUGUGCAUCGAAAUGUGCAUAAGGGCUCUGCGGAUGGAAGCAAACGAUGGAAAUACCAAAGCCACUGUGUGUAAAACAAUUUCCUGUUUGCUUCCCACUGACCUGGAAGUCAAGCGAGCCUGCCAGUUGACAGAGUUUCUCCUGGAGCCCACAGUGGAUUCAUACUACGCCGUGGAAACUCUCUACAAUGAACCAGAUCAGAAACUGGACGAGGAGAAUAUGCCCGUUCCCACCUCACUACACUGCGAGCUUCUGCUGGUUUUUAAAACCCAGUGGCCUUUUGACCCGGAGUUCUGGGACUGGAAAACACUUAAACGUCAUUGUCUAGCGCUAAUGGGUGAAGAGGCUUCAAUAGUGUCAUCCAUUGACUUGCUGAAUGACACCGAGGACCCCGAAGAAGAGGAAGAAAUCCUGAGUCAGGGAGGGUUUAAGGACCCAGAACACUUAGUGAGCGGCACCUAUGAACUGAAAGAAAUAACAGACAAGAGACAGAAAAACAGAGAGAUGAAGAAACUGAGAGAAAAAGGUUUCAUCUCCGCCAGGUUCAGAAACUGGCAGGCAUACAUGCAGUACUGUAUGCUGUGUGACAAAGAGUUUCUCGGCCACAGGAUUGUCCGCCAUGCACAGACUCAUCUUAGCGGCGGAGUAUACAGCUGCCCAAUAUGUGCUCAAACCUUUACCUCAAAAGACACAUUGAUUCCCCAUGUAAAAUCACAUGUUAAACAGUCGUGCAAGGAAAGGCUGACUGCAAUGAAAACAAACAAGAAGUUGGCGAAUCCUAAAACAGCUGCCCCUGUUAUUGCAGCCUUAAAGUCCAAGACUGAAAAUGAACUUUAUGAAAAUGGUGAUUCCCAAGGGCAUAAUGGGGGGUUAAUUCAUAACGCUCAGGCCAGAGUGGAUAGGUAUAAGGUGGAGAGUAUUGAGGACAAUGUAUGCCCUGUUGGAAAAUGCAGAAGGAGCUUCAAAUAUUUCAAAAAUCUAAUUGCACAUGUUAAAGGUCACGGGGAGAACGAGGAAGCUAAGACUUUCCUCGAAAUGCAGAGGAAGAAAGUAGUUUGCCAGUACUGCCGUCGCCACUUUAUUAAUGUCACCCAUCUUAAUGAUCAUUUACAGGUCCACUGUGGUGUGAGGCCUUACAUCUGUAUACAGUUGAACUGCAAGGCAAGUUUCCUGUCUAACACUGAACUCCUUGUACACAGGAAAACACAUCCUGUUUUUAAGGCUAGAUGCAUGUUUCCAAAUUGUGGAAAGAUUUUCAAUGAGGCCUUCAAACUGUAUGACCAUGAGGCACACCAUUAUAAAACUUUCACUUGUAAAGUUGUGGAUUGUGGAAAAGUAUUCCAUACACAACAGCAGCUGGAUUUGCACCAGGAGAAGCAUGCCACUCAAGAAGAAGAAGAAGAAGAAGAAAGCCCGUCUUCUGAACAGACCUCACAAAAUAUGAAGCCUGGCCCGUCACUCAUUGAACAAAUGCUUUCCAGUCACACUCCCAUUAAACAAGAGAAUUACCAAGAGAACUGUAAAACUGAGAGUACUGUGAAUUCAGAUCAUGGAAGGCUGCCAGCCUCCGUUGAGAGUUUGUUGAAAUCUUCACAAUCACCUGUGGAGACCAUGGGACAAUACAGAGUCAAGCAAGAGCCAGAAAAUAUACAUUUCUUACCUAGUCAGACCCCGAAUUCCACUCAUUCUGUGAUUCAGCCUGUGAAUUCCCACCUGUCUGAUCCUAACAGACACAGAGAUGGUUCACGUGGUCAUUCUUUUGAUUACAUGAGACCAGCCCAACAGAGUCAAGCAGUACCUCCAUUUGAGGCUGAUUUAGGUAACUUGCCACAUACUUGUAAUACAAAUGUGGUACAAGGACAGCCACAAAUGUUCCCUAGUAAUGUAAAUACUGGACCUAUGAGUUACAACUCUGACUGCAACUUAACAUUGCCAGAACAGCUAGGGCCAGUGUGUAGUAAUAACUUGUUUACAGUGGCGCCGCCCCAGAACACCAUAGAACCAGCAAUGUCACAACCACUUCCACCAACAGUCAUCCCUCAGCCACUAACUGGGAACAGACCAGAGAACGCUGUGUCAUCCUCAGCCAGCACAGGUCCCCCUCCAGGCCAGAGAGAGCGAUUUCACUGUGCACUUGAAACAUGCACAAGGCACUACAGCUCCUACAAAAGUGUUGCCAAGCACAUGAAAACAGUUCACCCAGAUUUCUAUGAGCAGUGGAAACUUGCUCGAACUAAAAUCAAGACAUCCUACGCCCCAGCUCCGAACAAACCAUCUGUCAUAAAUCCAAGUUUGGUCACUUCACCUCAGAACCAGCAAGGCAACAGAGCACCAGUUCUUGGAGUUCAAAGGCAGAAUGUUAUCUAUUUUACCGUACCUUCCCAUCCCCCAUCUGCACACAACCAGAAUGCUUCGCUCCUGAUGGAAAAUGUUUUAAACCCCAUUGUUCUCUCUCAGUUAGGAAGCGAUACAAAUCUAAUAACCACACCGUCCCAAGUUGCAGGUAGUCUAAAUUGGCACUCAGCCCCUGGAAGUGAUCAAAUUGAAAACUGUGGCUCUUCCCAAGUCUAUCCAUCUAACAUGCAAGCGUUGCCACAAGUCGAAUCUACCAGUGCAGCUCUGCCACUUAGUGUUGCAUCAUGCUCUAUGAUGGGAUCCACGAUGAACAGACCAGCACAGUCUUUACAGUCUUCACUUAUGGAAAAUAGGUCCCAGUCAGUUUUGACCUCGUACAUGGAAAAGGAAGCAUUGCAACAAGCGGAAAACCUUCUUCCACCAUAUACAUCACAGAUGCAAAGCAGUGCAGUCCCUGGUUCCAGAGCACCAGAAAAAACGUCAAUGCAAAAGCAUGUACAGUCCAAUUUUCCCCCUCGAGACAGUGUGUGCCAAAAAAGCAGUAUCAACCAACCUCAGAAUGGCUCAGUCAUCACUGAAAACAGUCCUGAAAUUCAAAGGCGAACCAGCAGAAACAGAAGAACGAAAUGGCCAGCAAUUCUUAGGGAUGGUAAAUUUGUUUGUUGCAGAUGUUUUAGACAAUUUAAUAGUCCCAAAUCCCUUGGAGGCCAUUUGUCCAAACGUGCAAUCUGCAAACCAUAUGAAGAGUCUGAACUGAACACAGACCUGCCAACAUCAUUUCUUGACCUCCUCAAUUCAGAGCAAACAGUUGGCAACACUCAGCCACAAUUGUCUUACAAUUCUGCUGCUGUUUAUCAGGAGAAGCCUCACCAGUCAGUAUCAAGUGGUUCAAUGGCUGCAAAAGAAUUCCCCACUCCCAAUUAUCCACAAGAAAAUUUGCCAUCAUAUGGGAAUGGUGAGUCAAAUGACGACAUUCUUAAACAAAUCAUGGCUGAAUCCAAUAUGUCCGAUCUUUUUGUGCACACACCUGCUCCUCAGCCAAUGUUUCAAAACCCUGGUGUUCCCUAUGGAGCCGCUGAGCGUUUGCCAGGGAGCUCAGUCAUACAGCACACAGAAAAUAUCCAGCUGAGAGGCGAGAUCAAGCGAGAGGACAACUCUUAUAGUACGGCCCAUUAUCCCCAGCCAAGCGUUGACACAUUUGGUGCAAGUGAAUUUCCUGAUCCACUUCUUUCUCAGAUCCUUACAGAAAACCCUUCCACUACUGCUCAUGGCGGUGUUCCCUCAAACCACGGGACUCCUGGGGAAAUCCUCAGCGAAGGGUAUCACUCUGAGACACCCAUUCAGACACCAAAUACAGAUUUAAACCCAGUGAAGCAAACCCUGUUGCCCGAUAGUCAGCUUAGUCCAGCAACAACAAGUGGAAAGCAAGAUGAGACUCAAAGGAAGACCACCGAGCAAGAUAUUAAAAAGAGACUGAGGGAGCAGAUCUUGGCUGGCGACUUUCACCGUAGAAACAGCUUAUGUCUUUCAGGCAACACGGACCCUAAUGCCAAUUCAAACAGUCCAAUGUUUUUUGGCACAAUGUGCAGCCCUUCCAAAAAUUCUGGCCUUGAUCAAAUGUCUUAUCAUGCAAAGAGUGACUCGGCUAAUCAAGGACAAGAAAACUCUGUAAUUAUCCCUGGAUCUUCUGGUGAAAUUGAACAACUACUUAACACACAGAGCUUUACUUGUUUUAGAGAGAACGCCACUCGACAGCAGGAGGUGCUGAGUCCCACAGGCACUGUGGCAAAUGAUGCAGAUCCUGAGCCCACUCAGUUAUCAGCCAGCCAGCAACAGUGGAUGACAGAAAUUCAAAGUGCAUUUGAAAGACUCAACUUAGUCAGAGAAAUGUCUGGUCAAAUUGCACCCUCCAUGGAUCAAAAUGGCAAUAGUAUGAACAGCCAGACAGGAUCAGCAAAGGUUGUUUCGCGUAGCACGACAAUGCCCGCCUCUGUCAAACCAUUUGCUUGUGAGAACGAGAACUGUACAUUUAGCUCUAUGGGGAGCGAAGCACUUUGGAAACACCUCUCCAAAACUCACAACUACACACACGAGAUGGUAAAUGUGGUUAAAAAAAGAUAUGGCCAAUAUGCUCCUUUCAAGUGUCAAAAAUGUAGUAAAACAUUCACGCGUAACUCAAACCUUCGCACUCACUACCAGUCAGCUCACAAACUAUCAGCUGCAGAAAUCGCAGAUCUAGAUACGAAGCGCAGGCUGGCCAAAGCUGCGGCAUCUGCUGCUCUUCGAAACCCGCCUGUUAGUUUAAGCCAGGCUCCAGAAGCUCAUACCACAACAGCUACUCAUUCAUCAAUGGAGAGCAGAACACAUCUGCAUUCACUCCAAGAUGCAGUAAAACAUGAGUACCCAUCACAGACAUUUGUACCUCACACUAACAUGGACACGACUAAUCAGAAAUUUAGAGAUGAGAGUCGCUCCACAGUCAUUCAUCCCUUGCAAACAACUCCUACGCCCAACCAAGUGUCGACUCAACAAGGACAGGCUCAGAACUCCAUGUCAGCCUUUCAGUCAGUACAAGCAGGAACAGCAACAGAACAGUGGUCACAUGAACAGGAAAGAAACCUGCCCAAGCUUUCCACUCAAUACACAAGUGGUCAUCAUGUCGGAGGCCAUUUAGCCAAAGUCUCAGCACCUCCGACCCAGGCUUUCCCCGUCCCCUCCCAGACUAAUGGGCCUCAGUCUCCAGACAAACAAUCUACUAUCAACAGGCAGACUAUAGUUAAGACAAAAGAGAAGAAGCCCAACUCAGGUGAUGCCAUGAGUCCGUACAGACCAUAUCGCUGUGUUCAUCAAGGCUGCGUGGCAGCUUUCACCAUCCAGCACAAUCUGAUCCUCCAUUACAGGGCUGUCCACCAGUCUGCUCUGUCAGCAUUGGAGGUGAACAAAGAGCAGGACCAGUGCGAGGGACUGGACGAAGUGAUGGAUCAGGAGGAAGAGGAGCCAGAGGCAGAGUUGCCUCAAAUUUCUGAAUUCAGAUGCCAAGUCAAAGACUGCUCCCGAGUUUUCCAAGAAGUCCCCAACCUUUUGCAGCAUUAUCUCCAGCUCCAUGAAUUCAGUCUUGAUACGGUUGGCAAUCUCUUGUCUGGAAUCACACUCGGCAAGUUUGCUUGCAGCCACCAAGAAUGCCCAGCAACCUUCACUGCUUUCUGGAAGUAUAUAGGGCAUGUCAAAGAACAGCAUAAAGAAAUAAAGCUGGGCAAACCCGAACAAUUAAACGGCUCAUUCAAGUGUGAAAUUGAAGGUUGUGACCGUUCAUAUGCCACAAAGUCAAACCUGCUCAGACAUGCGAUGAAAAAGCAUCAGGAGCUGUACCAGCCCAAACUAAAGAAUCAACAGAUAAAAGAAGGGAUGAAACAGAUAAAAGAAGACGGGAUGAAACAGAAUUCAAAGACUUUGCAUUACCAAAUUACCAAGACGAGUAAUGGCAAGGAAAACAUUGAGAGCAAUAAAAAGAUCCUACAGAAGGGAAGGUACACAAAGAGAGUUAACAAGGCAAAACACAAUCACUGGACUAAAUAUGGAAAACCCUCCUUGAAAUCUAAAGUGGAGGCAUCUGCCAUGUGCACUAAGACUUUUCCUCUACAAUACCCCUGUAUGAUAAAGGGUUGUGAGUCAGUCAUGAAAUCAGAGCGAAGCAUAUUAAAACAUUACAUGGGACACGGACUCUCAGAAAAGUACCUGGAACAGCAGAGGAGUCACUUCAUAUUCUGCAAAAAGGUCCCCAGGCAGAAGUGCCGCUCCAUCAGGAGCGAUGAUUCCAAAUCAGACAACGCCUCAGACCUGUCAGACAAUGAGCUCCCAGCAGCAGACACCGUCGUGGAAGGAGGUGAAUAUGGAUAUUCAAAGCCUGUCCUACGCAAAAGGACCACGUCAGGGAUACCCGCCGCAUUGUUCGACAGCAAACUAUUAAAUGACGAAAGCUCUGAUGGCUCUGUGGUGCUCAAACGCAAACGAGGGCGACCACGAAAACUUAUCGAAAAAAUAGUAAAACGCAAGAAAAUCCCACGUACAACCAAGGUUGAUGUAGUUUACAGCAAGGACUAUGAAUCAGAUACUUCCUGCCCUGCAGUGCUGCAGGAGGAAGUGACUAAGCAGAGCGCUCCACUGGCCACUUUUAAACCCAUGGGAUUUGAAAUGUCUUUCCUAAAAUUCCUGGAACAGUCAAAUAAAUCCGAACACCCCUCGACAAGGAAGGUUGACAUGUCAGACAUGUGGAGAAAAACAUCCAGUUUGAACAUCAGAGACACAUGUGUCAGGUUCAGCAACCGUCAGAAUUUGAAAUCUCUUACUAAGGUCAAAAUAAUUAUAGACAAGGCCUUUUCAGGUGUCACUGACCUUAUGUUGAAACAGCUGCAGGAUAAGCAGCCUACAGUGGUAUUGGAAAAAAAUGACUAACUUGUCUUUUGUUGUUUUUUUGUAAGCAGAAUCUCAGGACUAAAAUAAGUCAAAUCUGCUGCAGACUGGUGCCCUACAGAAGAAAUGUUUUUUCACAUCCAGUUAUUAAAAAAACAGGUGUUUUGAAAAAUACUGUAAUAAUAUCUGUAAGAUUUGUCUUUUUAUAGAGAAGUGUAUAGCAUGUUUUUAUUUAUGGACUACAGUCACAAAUUUAAUUGCUGAAAAUGAAAAUGUGGCAUCAGUCUCUGGUGUCUUAAUUAUCCCUGUGGGACUUGCAGACAAAUGGACUUUGAAAUGGAUUGUGUUGUGUGUAGUUUGUGAUUUGAAGAUGUUGAUUAUUGUGCGUUGUGUAUAUAGUUUGAAAUCACCCACUGCCACCAGCAGUCUUACUAUUAUUGAAUAAACAGUUUUUUACAACCA